GGGGGCAAGGGGACGGCGUGGAAGGGGCCCCGGGGGCGGGAGCGGCCCAGGGCCCCCUCUCCCGGCCCCGUUACCUCGCCCGGGGCGGCCCCGCCGGCCUCAUGUUCGCCCGCCACAGGCCCGAGGCGCAGCCGCCCCCAGCAGGCCUCCGCAGGGCUGCCUGUGUUCUGACGGAGGAUUUGUUACUGGUUUUGUUGGGGGGUUUUCCCCUUUCUCCUGCCUUUCAAGAGGGGGACACAAGGCAGGAGUCUUCGCGCUGGGGCCCUGGCCCCUGCCCUUCUCCCACCUCGCCUACCCCACCGCCUAUGUGGCUGCCAAAAUCCACCUCCCCUGUCAAGGGGAGGAUUGGGCGGGAUUACUGAGUCCGGGAGGUAUUCUGGCCUUGAAGGACUUUUCUCUUUUGCCUUGCCCAGGCAAAUGGGGAAUUCUAACAGUUCUAUAGCUCGCAGUGGGGUGGGGACAAUACAUGCCUAAGGAUCUGGUCGGUAUGAGAAAUGACAUGGAAAAGGGAAUGAAUUGCGUUCAACAUCAUUUGCGUAGGUUAAUUAUGUAGUAUGUAUGGCUUAGCCGAGUUAAUAUUGCUCUAGGACCUUAACUCUUGCAAACGUGAGAAUUAGAAGGCAACGUUAUAGUUGCAUUAAGAUAAAUAUUUGCUGUUUGUAAGCAUUUGCUACCAUGUAAGAGUAGUGGGUGAUUCAUUACACCACAGAUAUGUAGCUGUUCCCCACCAGAUUCGCAGUUAAUAUACCUGAGGUAUAUCUCCAACUGCUAGAAUCUGAAAUCCUGUUCUGUUGGGUUUAAGGAAAUAAGCAUCCCUGAUGGUCCUCCCCCUUUUCCCUAGAAACAUCUCUAAGCCUUUGAAGGCCUUGGGAAAAACCUUUUUUAACCCUAUCUACCACCUUGUCGGUAUCAUUUAUCCUGGCUAGUGUAAUGGUGCGUUACUGCGUUAUGCCAGACAAAGUAAUAACCUACUUUUUGUUCUGGAUUUAAUCCGUAUAAGAAAUGUUAUAUGCAGUGAAUACAUGGGGGUUGGAACAAGGACCAUGUUUGUCUUGGGAUGCCUUUCUUCGAGUUAUGCAAACUUCCUUUUAAUUGUCAUGCAUUUUUCUAGUAAAAGCUCUGCAAGUCUGCAAUAAAAAUGGCCUCCAAUAAAACUACAUUGAAAUCCAAAACAUUGAUCUUUAAGUGACAAGAAUUAGUGAAGCCGAAAAGAGUACCAGAAAACAAUCUUCCAUUGAAUCAAAGAAUUUUAGUCCAACGGAGAAUACAGAUGGAGAUGUUCCCCACUUGUAGCCUGCUUGCCUCAUCACCAGUGCGUGGAAGAAACAGCAGUAAUGGAAUGCUCCUAGCAUGUGUCCUGUUCAAUAGUUACGGGUUAUUGUUGAGUAUUUUGCUUAUUGUAGCACUACGCUAUAAACUUCGCUGCCAUCAGUUUCUCCUUGGUUUUUUCGAACAGCACAAAAUGGGAAAGAAACAGAAUGGCAAAGGUAAAAAAGUUGAAGAGGCAGAGUCUGAAGAAUUUGUUGUAGAGAAGGUCCUGGACAGACGUGUUCAAAAUGGAAAGGUGGAAUACUUCUUGAAGUGGAAAGGAUUUACAGAUGCUGACAACACAUGGGAACCUGAAGAGAACUUAGAUUGUCCAGAGCUAAUUGAAGCUUUUUUGAACUCUCAGAAAGCUGGUAAAGAAAAAACAGACGGUGCCAAAAGAAAAUCUUUGUCAGAUAGUGAAUCUGAUGAUAGUAAAUCAAAGAAAAAACGUGAUUCUGUUGAUAAACCAAGAGGGUUCGCAAGGGGUCUUGCUCCUGAGCGGAUAAUUGGGGCUACGGAUAGCAGUGGAGAGCUUAUGUUCCUCAUGAAAUGGAAAGGCUCUGAUGAGGCAGAUCUGGUGCUGGCCAAAGACGCUAACAAGGAGUGUCCUCAGAUCGUAAUCGCUUUUUAUGAAGAACGACUAACUUGGCAUUCAUGCCCAGAAGAUGAAGCACAAUAAUUGUUUGCAUUGCUUUUUUUAUAUAUAAGAAUAUUAAAACCUAAAGUUUGAUUUAUUAGCAAUGUGAGAAGCAUACAUUCUAACCAGUUUCGAAUUUGAUAUUUUUUUGAAGUAGUAUGUUUUGCAUCAACAGCAAGUAAAUAAAAGCUUUCUGCAACUUGUUUCAUUUAUCACAAGAGAGCAUUUGAUACUACUACUUCCUCCAUAUUAGGUAAAAGCUUUUAUAAAACAUGGAUGAAUUUCCAUAGUUAUUACAGGAUCAUAAUGAAUGUCUAAACAAACUCACAGAUGUUUUGUAGUCUUCUGUACUAUUGAUGUGCAUGUAUCUUCUUUACCCAAACCUAGCCCUUUAAACCCCUAGGGUCAUUCUUUUUAGUAUUUGGGAUCGCUUGGUCUUCAGAAGACUAGGUGAAAACUAACUUUGUAGUAAUUUGAAUGUUAUCAGACUUGUUAUUAUAUUGUUACUUAUAUUGUUUACUUUAUUGUAAAUACUGGUGAACAGUGGUCAAUAAAAUAGUUUUAUAUUCUUCCUUUA